UGUGCUGGAGAGGAGAACUGGGUGGACACCAGGACGGUGUACAUCGGAAACAAGGAGCCCCCACCGGGGGCGGAGGCCUACAUUCCCCAGAGGUACCCCGACAACCGCAUCAUCUCCUCCAAGUACACCUUCUGGAAUUUUGUUCCGAAGAAUUUGUUUGAGCAGUUUAGAAGAAUUGCCAAUUUCUACUUCCUCAUCAUAUUUCUUGUCCAGUUGAUAAUUGACACUCCCACCAGUCCCAUCACCAGCGGACUACCUCUCUUCUUUGUCAUCACUGUCACGGCCAUCAAACAGGGCUAUGAGGACUGGCUCAGGCACAAAGCAGACAAUGCUAUUAACCAGUGUCCUGUGCACGAGGUGCAGGAUGGGAAGGUGACCAGGAAACAGAGUCGUAAGCUGAGGCUUUGUUGCCAUUACACUGGUAUCGGAGACAAAGAUGGCGCUCAACUAACCAGUUCAAUGAAUGCGGUUCUGAUAGUGUACCUGUGCCAAUCUGAUAAGCAGGCUCUGAUCAACAAGUGGCUGAAUUACCGUGGAGAUGCAGAGUUCUGGGUCUACUUCAUCAUGUGGGAUGAUGAGAUGUUGUGA